AUUAUCAGCUCCCCUGCCCAGCACCCCGGCCUGGGCAAUCAUCCAGGCCUCAAAAGCCCAAUAUAAGGACUUCCCCAAAAGCCCAAUAUAAGGACUGCCUCUGGUACCCAGCAGUCAGAGACACCAAGAGUGGAGGUCUCCGACACUUGAAGGGGCUUGCAGACACACAGGACAGCCCCAAGUCAUAAAGUGAAGCUGUGUCCCUGCUACAAGAACAGUGACUAUGAAACUCCCCCUGCUCCUGCUGCUCCUCCUGCUGGGGACAGUUGCUGCUUUUCAUCUGGGGAAUGAUGCCCCCUAUCUGGACAGCCAAGAGUCACAGGCAGACCUGAGCCAGGAUCUGGAAGGCUCAGGGGAGCAGGAGGGAGAGUUGGUCCUGACAGAGGAGGCCAUUCAGUCCCAAGGAGAGCAGGUGGAGGCUUCCAGCUGCCAAGAUGCCUUUGAGGACGAGAAGGCCAUGGAAUCGGACCCAGGUGCCCUAGAUGAGAACUUUCAGUGCCCCAGGGAAGAGGACACAGUGACAAUUCUGGUCAGUGCUGGGAACAAGAAUGGACGCUACCGGUUGGUGAAGACUCGCAAAACAUUUGCAGACGCUCGGAACACCUGCAGGAAUUGCUACCGUGGCACCCUGGCCUCUAUCCACAACAAGCAAAUCAACAGGAAUAUCCAGAUCUCCUGCAAUAACUUCUAUGGCAAUGUCUGGAUUGGAGGCACUGUCUAUGCCAGGUGCAGAAGAUUACACUGGAUUGAUGGGAGUGCUGUGAAUUUUACAUACUGGGCUAAUCAGCGUGGGCGCGGCCGCUGUGUGGCCCUAUGCACCAGAGGGGGUCAUUGGCGACGAAAACGUUGUGGAAGACGUCUGCCCUUCAUCUGCUCCUACUAAGCCAGAAGCCGGGAAGAGAUCCUGCCUGGAGCCCCCUCCCUACACCCCUGCUGGCGGCCCCUGGCCCACCCUGGGCGGUGGGCUGGACUCCCUGCCUCUCCUGGUCAUAA